AGUGGCAUUGCGGGCACAGUGCCUGAGAAAGAAGAUGAACCUAGUGAAAAGGAGAAGAAAGAAGGUGAAAAGGAAACUGAAGAAAAGCCUAGUGAAUCUACAGAGGAAGCUCAGAAAAAAGAAACUGAAAAAACUGAACCAAUGGAAGUAGAUAAGAAAGAGGGAGAAGAAAAGGAAAUAAAGGAGAAUGGCGAAGAAGAAAAACAAGUACCCAAGCCAGCUGAAGUUAAAGAUGAACAGAAGGAGGAAGAAGCGGUUCCAUCAGAAACUGACUCAGAACGCAUGGUCAAAGAUGCACAGUUACAAUCUGCUGCAGCUGCUGCUUUGGCUGCUGCUGCUGUCAAAGCCAAACAUUUGGCUGCUGUGGAGGAAAGGAAAAUAAAAUCGUUGGUGGCACUUCUUGUGGAAACACAAAUGAAAAAGUUGGAGAUAAAAUUAAGACAUUUUGAAGAACUGGAAACCACAAUGGAACGAGAAAGAGAAGGUUUGGAAUACCAGCGCCAACAAUUGAUACAAGAACGUCAACAAUUUCAUUUGGAACAAUUGAAAGCUGCUGAAUUCCGUGCUCGACAGCAAGCUCAGCAGCGGUUUGCUUCAGAGCAAGGAGCUGCUUCUUGGGGACCAGCUUCAGGGCAGGCUGUACCACCACAAAGCACAGUGCCAAGCCCAGCUCCUCCAACGCCAGCCGCCUCCGCUUCUGGAGAUCAAGGGGCUGGCCCUAUCACACCGAGCACAACACCCACUCCACCUUCACCCCAAGCUGUUCCAUCGUCAUCAUCAUCAUCAUCUACGACAGUUCCUGCAGCUCCGGUUCCUCCAUUGCAUCCAACAGCUGCUAGUUCACCAUCACCCGGACCACCCCAGCCAUCCCCUCAGACACCUGCGUAAUUGUAAUGUAGCUGACAAUAUGGUGCAAUUUUAAAUAAGGGACUUGAUGCAUUUUCCAUUUGUACGUUCAUCUUAUUCUGACAGCACGAAAAAUUAAAAUUUAGAGAAGCUUAGUAUUGAUUUUUAUGAAAUGUUUAGUAUAAAAUAUGAAUGUGAAGGAAAGUGUAUGUUUUAAUUUUAUGAGGUGUGUUUUAGUUCCAAAAUCUCAUGUAAUGUAUUGAUAAAAUAGUAAUAACUUAGUUUUAAUUAUAAUAGUAAUGCUGUAAUAAUAUUGAUUUUAUAUGUAAUUUAAUUGAAUUCAUGUGUAUCUACAAAUACUUGUAAUGUUCUGAAAAUGCUUUCGCUCCGUAUAUAAAUAUAUAUAUACACAUACGUUUUUUACUACCUAAUAAAAAUUGCUUAAAUCGGAUUAUGGUACUGUUAUUUUAAUGAUUUCCCCACUCUUUUUAUUACUGUUGUUCAAUUUAAUUUGUUAUUCUCAAUUUUCACAGUAUAUUUUAUUUGUGUAUCCAUCUCAAAAUUUUUUGAUUUGACUUAUUUUGAACAUUUUGUUGGAUAUAUAAGCCAUACAGUUUCUUUUCCUUUUUUAUCACCAACUUCUUAAAGUUUUGUUUUACUGAAAGGCCUGUGUUGUUGUUUCUUUGCUCUUUACUUUCGUGGCACACAAAGUAUCGUAGUGCUGCAGUGGAAAGAGGCGCUCUUCUGUCGGAAAAAACUCGUACUGUGGGGCCUAGAUAUGGAGAAAGUAAAUGAAUCUUGUUCCUAUCUAGUAAACUACUUCCUCUAGCAUAGGGCUACACCAAAGUAAUUUGUACUUGUGCAAAUUUAUUGUUUGCUGCCCCUGUGUUCUAAUGUUUUGAAUUUUGUUAUGUAGAGUUUCUUUAGCUUAUAGGAUGACUGUGAAGCCUUGUUGAAACACAGUAACUAUGAGCAUUAAUAUUAACCAUUAUUAUACUUUUUCAAAAUUGAUGAACUAUUUGAAAUUUGUAUUGUUCUUUGACCAUAAUUUAAUACUUGAAGAGUUUUUAUAUUUGUGAAUAACUUUUUUCAUUUAAAAUGAAAAAAUUAAAAAUAAUGUGUAUAUUAAAAAAUGUCUGUUUUUUGCUGCCAUUGUGCGAUGCACUGUUUGCACUAGGGUUGGUGCAGCCCUAUUCUGACACUAUCCAGAAUCUGUGUUUUGUGUGUUUUUGAUAACAAAAAAGUGUUUUACAACUAGAUGCUCACACCUAAACUGUUCAGACUGUUUUCUCCAAAAUAGGUAUUCUGUGAUUGAUAUGGCCAAACUCAAGAUCAUGUGAAUUUGAAACAUUUUGUUAUUUUUAUGGUAUUUAUCAUAGCAACUUGACAAACUUUAACAAUAUCGUUGUGACAACUGUAAAGUAUUGAAUAUUAAAAAGGCAGUUUCUUGUUAUCUUUGUUUGGCGAUUGCUUCAAAGGCAAUAAGCACAUUAGUGUACUGAAUGUUUUACCUUAUUAAUUAAAAAGCUCUAAAUUCCAGCUGUCAACUAUUGAAUAUGGUGCUUAACUCUGAUCUUUUUGAUAUGUUUGACUUGUUUGAGACUUGUAAAAGUAGUUGUUUUCGCAAUUGAUACUUAACAUUUCUAUAUUUGCAAAAUUUUCUCCUGUUUUUCAUUGUCUCUGAACUUUCAAAAACUGCAGAAGUUCAAAAAAUUUUUUGGCAUGAUCAUGUAACUACAAUAUAGAAGUUGAGAUACUUUUCCAUAGUGAAAUCUUUUCUGCAAAGACAUCUUUAAAUAAAUUCAUGUACAAUUUUUCGAAAAUAUGAGUAGUUUUCACGUGAUUGUGUGUGAAUUAUAGGCAAUUAAAAAAAUGUUCUGAAAAACUGCUGCUAAUUUUUUUCUCAUUAGAGCAAAGUGUAUGUAUAAAAAUGGUGCAGGCUCUAUUUUCGGUUAACUCUAUUUUCAUAAAUUGCAAAACUGCAGUAUCGAUAAUAGAAUUUUUUUUCCUUUGUGAAAUCUGUUCUGAAAGUAGUGGUACUACAAGAGUACUUACUUUCUUGCAUUAUUUCUAAUUUUUGCGAUUUUGGAAAAUUCAAUGAAAUCAACGGAAUGGAUCAAUGGAAAAAAUGUUUUUUAUAAUUUGCAUAAACUUCAAGAAGAAAUUAUGUGAAAGCUAGUUAUAUCAAACAAUUGUACAUGACCUUUUUUAAAAUUUCAUUUAAGAAAAUUUGCAUCUUCAAAAUUGUAGUUUUCCAAUUUUUGUAAAUAUUAUGUGAUUGCCGGAAAUGGGGCUAGCACCACCUUUUUUUUGGCUGGUUGUUGAUAUAGACCAGAAAAAAUAGAAAAAGGAAAAAAUUGGAGCCAUUUUUGAGAACAAAAAGUUUAAAAAUUGUUAAAAUGUCAGGCAACAUGACCUGGAAACUACUAAUAUUUUCGAAAAAUUGCCCAUGGCGACUAACUUGCAGGGCCUUGAGUUCAUCAAAUUGAUCGGGGGUUAUAAAUUUUGGGGAAAAUCGUCUGAAUGGUUUUAGCAUUUGCUUUGACUUGACAGACAAACAUUUUGCCCUCGGUCAAUUUUUCUGUAUCAAGGACACACAAAAUUUUGAUUCUGACAACGCAGUGUGUUAGAGGAAGUAAUUUACUACAAAUAGGAACGAAAUUUAUCCACACUUUAGUUCACAGGGCCCGGCAAUAAGAGUUUUUCUGUUUGCAAAAUCGCUGUUUUCCAGCGUGAGAAAGCAAAAUUAGAUCUUGAAUUAUGUCUAGUGCAUUUUUUGAACAUAUGGUUUUUCAUUUCAUUUUUGCUUGUGGAGGCGAUUUAAAAGGAAAUAUGUUUUCUUGAAAAUGCUCCCAAAUUUUUUAUUUACUUUUUUUUUUUUUUGAGUAUGCAUUUAAAAAUGAAUUACCAUUUUCCUUCAAUACUCUGAAUUUUCAAAAACUGUAAAUGUUACAAAUAAUGUGAGAAAGUAUGCAUUGUUGUAGCACCCCUAGUUUAUUUUGCAUUUCUUUCUUCAUUUUCUUUUUUGGUGCAUGCAAUUUACCAUGCAUAAAUGCAUUGUAAAUUUAGUGUGCUCUGGGUAAUUUUCAUUGAGAAGAGAUCCUCCUCUCUUAAUUGUUUACCUGUGAUCUGUUAAUUCUAUUCCUUUAUUUGCCAAAAUGUAUAAUCUGUUUGCAUCUUUUUACUGUUCUGAUAUUUAAAUUUUUCUUUCUUAACAUUUUUAUUUUUACCAAGUACAUUUUUCAAUAAUAAAUGUUUGAUGUAGCCAGGUAUAUUUUUAUUGAAAGUCUCUUUGUAGGUAAUACUACUAGUGUCUUCUUAUGCUAUUUCUUUUCGAUUUUUAUCCUUUGACCAUGUAGGUAAAUUUGUAAGUUGGCAAUUCAUGGAUGUGUUAGAUUUGUUUGUUUUCUUGCAUUGAAGUAAAAAUUUGAUCUGUAACCAUUUUUUUGGACUGGGUAUAACCUAUUUUGGAGGCAGCUUUUUAAUUUUAAUUUUUGAAAUAUUUUGUAAUGGUUUUCAAAUUUCUAUUUUUGAAUAAAUCUAAUUUAAUAGAACAGUGUAUUUGAUGUGACAACUUCCUUAUUUUC